AGUCUUUGCUGUCUCUUCAUUAGUCGCAAACUUCCAGGAUCAAUGGCAUUAUUAAAUUUUAUUCCUGGUAUUUUAUUUUGGAAUCAAAAAGUGGAAAAUGAUGAAGAACAGAAAUGUAAUGUUAAUGAAGCUAGUACAUCUGUACCUGUAAAUUGUGAAUCUGACUCUCACUCUGAGACAGAAGAAGAAAAUAAAAUACCAAAUUUCAUGGUAGGUGGAUUAAUAGGAGCAUCACCUCCAAAAUUUGUUUCUCUUGAAGAAAUUAUAAAGGCUGCAAAUGGCAUGAAAAAUAUGGCAUUAGCACAUGAAAUUGCAGUGGACAAGAAUUUUCAGUUACAAAAGCUUGAUCCUGAUGAUGGCACAUUUCACAGAAGAGUAAAAGAAAUUAUGCAUAAAGCUUUUUGGAAUUUGUUAGCAGAGCAAUUAGCAGAAGAACCUCCUAAUUAUACACAAGCAUUGGUUUUAUUGAAAGAAAUUAAAGAAACAUUAGAUGAACUAGUAUUGCCACAUCACGCAAAGAUUCGUGAAAAUUUAAGGGAAGCACUUGAUGUAGAUCUAAUUAAACAACAAGCAGAAAAGGGUGUUUUGGACUUCCAUCAUUAUGCACAAUAUGUGAUUUCAAUUAUGAGCAAAAUUUGUGCACCAGUAAGAGAUGAAAAGAUUAGAGAGCUUAGUCAAAAGACAGACGUUAUUGAAAUAUUCAAAGGCAUAAUGGAAGUGCUGCAACUAAUGCGGCUUGACUUAGCAAAUUUUACUAUCACUAUGAUGAGACCAAAUAUAGUUGCUUCAAGUAUUGAAUACGAAAAGGCCAAAUUUGCUGAGUUCUUAAAAGUCAAUACAAAUGGUUUACAAUUUACAGAGAAAUGGUUAUUAAGGCAUUUCGAUCCAACAAAAGUUACAAGUAAUUCGUCUGACGUUAAUUCUGUGUGCCAGCUUACACAUUAUCUUUUAACAGAAGCAUAUCUUGAUCUUCUGGAAUGGGAUUUUAGUCCAGAUGCAGAAACUUUGAUGCUUGAUCAAGGUAGAUUAUUAGAAAUGCGUGAUAAGACCAACAGAUUAAGCAUUAUGGGAUCUGUAAUAUUGUUAGUAAACAAUACAGUUGGUGCACCAAUUCAUGGAGUAUCAAGUUUUAAGAAAAAUAUUAAGGAACACCUUAAUGUAUUGUUAAAUUCUGUACAUUCAAAUAAGGAAUUGGAAACUGUAAUGCCAAAUAUUGUAUUGCAAGUCAAAGCAGAUUUAAAAACAACAUUGCAAGAAAUAGGUGCUACUCUUCUCUCUUCAGAGAUGGAAACACUAUUAGAAGGACAAAUAUUGGAUCUCAUUAAUCCAGAACACAAAAUCAAACAUCUGAUAAAUUUGAGAAUUCGGCAGUUUUUACAAAAAAUAAUAUCAACUCAAUCUGCGGCACCGCAGCAAGUACCACCUGGACUUUCAUCACUUCAGGAAGAGUUAACAGCCAUAGCAGCCCAAUUUUUAAUACUUAUUUCUCAUAAUCGAAGUGUAUUCGGAGAAUAUUACCAAGAAAUCAUUACCAAUGCACUUAUUAAAAAAGAAACUGAGAGUACUAAAGAUACGAGUGAAGUUCUUACCAUGGAGUUGUAAAAAAAAUUAAAGAUUUAAACCAAUCUUUGU